GGUCCAACAGAACAAUCAUUGAUCGAUUUCUUCCGAAUGCUUUGGCAGUAUCAUGUUUUAUUAGUGAUUUGUCUGGAACCAUUUACUGAUCAUAAAACUUGCUAUCCAUAUUUCAGUUUGAAAAAACAGCAAGUAGUUAAGGCAAUGGAAAGGAUUUCUCUGGAGACUCAAAAAAUUACAGAAACAUCAGUGGCAAAUUUAAUUGUUUACGAAGCUGUACUUAUGAAUAUGGAAAUUAAAGAUGAUA